AAGGAGAAAACGAAAAAAGAAAAUAAAUAAAUAAAUGCAGAGAGAGAGAGAGACAGGGGGAGAGGAAAAUCGAACGAGUCAGCGAGUAUCUCCAACCACUGCAGUGCUAAGGACGACGACUUUUCUAUGCACACGCCACCUUCAUCUUCCCUUCCCUGCAUUUCUGUACAGAGAAUAUAUACAGUAAAGACAGUUACACAAAGAGGAGUAGAGCUACGGAGUGAGUGGAAUUAGAGAGAGAGAAAAAAAAAUGGGUUGUGGAAACACUUUCUUCACUCUACUCGUAACCUUCUCGAUAGCUCUGAUCACAUACAACAUAAUCAUCUCAGCCAAUGCCCCUCUCAAGCAGGAGCUCCCGGGCCCAUCACGAUCUUCUUCUUCUUCGUCGAGGAUCUCCGUGGACCCCGUAAUCAAGAUGCCGGUAGACAGAUCGGGAAGAGGCAGUGGGCCCAGUUCGAAGAGGAGGUUGUUCCACACGGCGGUCACCGCCUCGGACUCCGUGUACAACACAUGGCAGUGCAGGGUGAUGUACUACUGGUUCAAGAAAUUCAAGGACAGACCCAACUCCGACAUGGGUGGGUUCACCAGGAUCUUGCACUCUGGGAAGUCUGACAAGCAUAUGGAUGAGAUCCCCACCUUUGUUGCCCAGCCUCUCCCUUCUGGGUUGGACCAGGGCUAUAUAGUCCUCAACAGACCAUGGGCAUUUGUGCAAUGGCUUGAACAAGCCGACAUUAAAGAAGACUACAUACUGAUGUCGGAGCCAGAUCAUAUCAUUGUCAAGCCCAUCCCGAACUUAUCAAAAGAUGGUUUUGGAGCUGCAUUUCCUUUCUUUUAUAUUGAACCUAAGAAGUAUGAGUCAGUACUGAGGAAGUACUUUCCUGAGGACAAGGGACCGAUAACUAACAUCGACCCAAUAGGGAAUUCUCCUGUCAUAGUUGGGAAGGAAGCUCUCAAGAAGAUUGCUCCCACUUGGAUGAAUGUUUCCUUGGCAAUGAAGAAGGAUCCUGAAACAGAUAAGGCUUUUGGUUGGGUGCUUGAAAUGUAUGCCUAUGCUGUUGCAUCUGCUUGGCAUGGCGUUGGUAACAUCUUGUACAAGGACUUCAUGAUUCAGCCCCCAUGGGAUACAGAAGUUGGCACGAAGCUCAUAAUUCAUUACACUUAUGGAUGCGAUUAUAAUAUGAAGGGGGAAUUAACCUAUGGAAAGAUAGGGGAAUGGAGGUUUGACAAAAGAUCUUAUGAUAAUAUCGCACCACCAAGAAACCUUCCGCCACCUCCACAUGGUGUUCCAGAAAGCGUGGUUACCCUGGUGAAAAUGGUCAACGAGGCCACGGCAAACAUUCCAAAUUGGGGGUCGUAGAGAAGAGGUCUGUGUCUUGGUUGAGGAAGGUAUGGGUGCUUGGUAUACGUACAGAUGCCAUAUAUGUGAACACGCUUGUGGGCUUUUUAUCUCUUUUCUAAUAUUGGAUUGCAAUCACAUUCUCCCCCUUGUAUGGUUGGAAAGUCCAAAAAUUGGCUCAUGUAUAAUAAUGUUACGUAUAGAUCUAUGCAGUUUAUUAUGCUAAUAAAUUAUUGUUUUCACUUU